AUUCUCAAAUAGAAAAAGAGGCUAUGGCAGUGGUGUUUGGCUGUGAAAGGUUUAAUCACUUCGUCUACGGUCGCCAGUUUGUUGCUGAAACAGACCACCGCCCUUUGAUCGCAAUCUCCCAGAAGGCGAUUGGUGACAUGCCUCCGAGGUUGCAAAGAUUCUUUUUGAGAUUGCUGCGUUAUGACGUUCAAUUGAAAUUUGUUCCAGGUAAGCAGCUCCUCCUGGCUGACAUGUUGUCACGUGCCACAACGAAGACAACGGCCUGCGACCUCGACAGCAACGAUGUUGAAGUACAUGCCGACCACCCCGCUCGAGUGCGGCGCAUCGCCCGCUGAGCUGCUGAUGGGGCGACGGCUCCGCACAACUAUUCCUGACGUUCAAGGCAACACCAGGCACGAGGUGCUCCGGCGUCCUCAGACAGACCACUCUAGGAGACCAUUGGCGCACCUGAGCCCGGGAGAUACGGUCCGGAUAAAGAAAGGAACAUGGGCGACGAAAGCUAAAGUGCUCAAGUCUGCUGGUCACCCCAGGUCGUAUACAGUCGUCACAGAAAACGGCACGGUGCUCAGGCGCAACCGGCAGCACCUACUACUCACGCGGGAGCCCUUCCGACACAACAACCAGGAAUACGACGACGACGACUUCGAGGUAAAGUCUAGCCAAAGCAACGCGCUCGCACAUCGACGUGCAGAAUGCAUAGCUCCGUCUACGCCCGCACAGCCCAUUGCCUCAACAAGUGUCUCGUCCACACAAGUCCCAAGAAGGUCGCUCAGACAACGUCGAGAGCCUCACCGUCUGGCCUACGACCAGAACUUCGUGCAAGUGCCUUGA